CGCGAGAGCAUUGCACAGUGAAGUGUGGUUAUAGUAAACGGAGAUGGAUCUCCCUAUGGAUUAUGAAUCUACUGAAAGUGGCUCUUCCAACGAAAAGCCGAGAACAGACAAGUAUGGAUUUCAAUAUUCUGAAGAUUUUAACUAUGAAGCCUAUGAAGAAAUGAUGUCUGAGUAUUUACCGGUGCUGGCCAGAAGAUCAGAAAAGUGGUCCAGGCUUUUAAAAGAGAACACUAAAGUGGAUAAGAAUCUGAAAGUGAAGAGGUAUGUGAGGAAAGGUGUCCCCAGCAAACACCGUACUCUGAUCUGGAUGGCUGCCAGUGGAGCCCAGCAGCAUCUGCAGACAAACUGUGGUUAUUACCACUCUCUCCUGAAGGCUCCUCAUGAUCCCAUGCUGGAAGAGGCAAUACGCACUGACUUACACAGAACCUUUCCAGACAACAUUCAGUUCCACGAAUCCUCCCAGCCUUGUUUAUUGAAGGCUCUGUACAAUGUUCUUUUGGCAUACGGACACCACAACAAGGAUGUUGGAUACUGUCAGGGAAUGAACUUUAUCGCAGGAUACCUCCUUAUCAUAACAAAAGAUGAAGAAAAGUCCUUCUGGUUAAUGGAUGCUUUGCUGGGAAGAAUCUUACCAGAUUACUAUACACCGGACAUGCUGGGGCUAAAGACAGACCAGGAAGUUCUUGGAGAGCUUGUGAAGACUAAGAUGCCUGCAGUGUGGCAAGCCAUGACUCGACAUAAUGUGACGUGGGGCCUGGUGAUCUCAAAGUGGUUUAUUUGCCUUUACAUUGAUGUCCUUCCCAUGGAGACAGUGCUCCGAAUAUGGGAUUGCCUGUUCUACGAGGGCUCUAAGAUCCUGUUCCGUGUGGCCCUCACACUGAUUUGUCAUAAUCAGAAACUUAUCCUGAAGGCACAACAUUUUUCAGACAUCUGUCAGUGUUUCAAGCAGAUCACACAUGGGAAAUUUGUGGAGAAUUGUCAUGCAUUCAUGCAGAAUAUCUUUACGGAGCCUGGGAGUCUGUCCGUGGCAACAGUCACUAAACUCAGAGAAACAUGUCGAGAACGGAUACAAGCUCAGGAUUCUGCAUGAUAGUGGCGAUCACAAUAUUCUAUAUCCACUCCACAAGUAACAAUGCAAAUGUGGACGCCGUGCUGGACAGAAUUCAGCAUGAGAAUACUCACAGUUCAUUAAACCUUUUUUUUUUUCCUUUUCUUAAAAUUAUGUUUGUUUUAAAAGCUUAUUUAAGAAUGUACUUCUUGGAA